AUGACAAUCAAAUACCUCAUUCUGCUCUCGCGCCAGGGCAAAGUGCGUCUGGCCAAAUGGUUCACCACCCUCGCGCCCAAGGACAAGGCCAAGAUCGUCAAGGACGUCUCGCAGCUGGUGCUCGCCCGCCGCACCCGCAUGUGCAACUUUCUCGAGUACAAGGAUACCAAGGUCGUCUAUCGCCGCUACGCCUCGCUCUUCUUCAUCGCCGGCUGCGACGCCACCGACAAUGAGCUGAUCACGCUCGAGAUUGUCCAUCGCUACGUCGAGCAGAUGGACAAGUACUACGGCAACGUGUGCGAGCUCGACAUCAUCUUCAACUUCCAAAAGGCCUACUUCAUCCUCGACGAGCUGCUGCUUGCUGGCGAGAUGCAGGAGAGCAGCAAGAAGAACGUGCUGCGGUGCAUAGGACAGCAGGACAGCCUCGAGGAUAUGGAGUACCUCGACCUGUGCGCCCUCCACGAGGUCAACCUCGCCCUCAACUUCGACACCCAAGACACAGCCAUCAUCGGCGGAUGCGACUUAUGGACUGUAAAAGCAGCUGGGAGUGAUAAGAAAUUAUACAAGCGCAUUGAGAAGACGCUCGAGGAGCGACACAAGGACCUGCUAUCCGCAGUUGCGGGGCUGUCGGAACAGUCAGCCGCGCAAUUCGCGGAUCAAGUCGAUAUCUCAAGAGAUACGCCAUUCGGUAGCUUCAGCGAGGCAGCGAACCGCCAUACCUUUGCCUACCUCAUUGCAACGCUCAAUGCAACACACAUUGACUACGACUUUGCAAAUACCCUGAACCCGGACGAGUUCCGCCGCGAGACCAUGCACAGUUUCAUGCACAAAAUCGAUACUACCAUGUACUACCUCCGGCCGCAAGUCUAUUCCGCCGGUCUUCCCGCAGGCGCCGUAACACCACUUGGCUCACCGAUUUGGAGUCCCCGCUCAUGGCAACUGGUUGACAGCGAGAUGGACAUGUCCAACUGUGAAUACUACGCCUGGGAGCCGUCAGACGACCCUUUUGCGGAUGAUGGUGCAAUCUGGAGUCACCAUUUCUUCCUUUACAACAAGGAGCGCAAGCGAGUUGUCUAUUUCUAUCUUCGCGGCAUAUCUGCUCUUUCCAACUCGCCCAGCGUCGCCAUGUCGCUCAUGUCAAAGUUCAAGGCGUCAAAAUACGAAUCAUCGGCCAAUGCGGGCAGUAGGAAGCGUGCCGAAUACUGGCUGGGAGCUCGCGCCAAGAAGGGUCUUGAAGCGUACGGCGAGAGCGACGAGCUUGACAAUAUGGUGAUUGAUCACCCAGGCGAAGUCGUCGAUGCCGAAGAGGAGCAAUACCUUCCUGCGAGAGAAAUGAGCAUGGAUGCUGAAUACUACUACGAGAGCGACGGAGAUAGCGACGUCGAAUCACUUGUUGGCAGGGAGAGGACCGUGGGCAAAGUACGGACAAUGAGUGAGGGUGUAGUGGAGAAGAUGGAGCUCUAG